AUGUCUCGAGGUGCGCAUACUCGACGUACUACUGGACCCCGCCCAGCUGAUUUUACGCGGCCUAAUUGUGCAUGCAAAGCUCUAGCUGAAGGCGACGAUGUUGAUGAUUGCGAACAGGAGGUUUUGGGGAUACCUCAUGGGGAAAUUACGGGACAGGGUCAUCAUUCUUGGGUUAUCUUUUUCCCCUGGGCCCGUAUGUCAAUAUCAACAGGGAUCGGGACUAAAACAAGCAUAAGAGAUCGUCGAGCCGUGUCUAUCGGUGUCGACGGAUCGACUUGUGGAACAACUGGCCGAGGAGGUCGAAGGGGUAGAAGGUUGUUCGCCAUUGACUCGUCUCAGACGAUGAGCUAUAUUAAACCUGGAUCGGCACGCUGGAUGGACCGGGGAGUGCUUGAUUCAGAAGUGUCAAGUUAG